CACCCAACACAACGCACCGCACGCACACACACACACACACACACAGCAAUCGAAGAGAUGAAAAUGCCUUCACUUCUCGGCUUCAUCUGAAGUGAUAGGGGACAGCUCUCCCUCCGGGGACAGCUCUCCCUCCGCACGAGCGACCGGCACACCCGUCUCCAUCGGCACGUCAGCCUCACCACCAGCACGCAUACGCACCUGAGCCAAGGAGGGGAGGGGAGAGGGAGGCCAGAAUGAACCGAUCGACGUGCAUAAGUUCUGUGCUGUGAGUGUUUACCCCGCCAUCGUCCACGGCCUGCUGGAUCCACUUCUGCAGGGCCAGCUGCUCAGGCGCGGUCGUGAUACGGAGAGUGUCCCUCAUGAAAACCACCCUGUCCUUCAUUUCCAGCCGGCCAAAGCUCGCCAAGUCGUCGCCGUCAAUCUCAUGCUGCAGCCACACACACACACUCACACGGGGCUUUGACGAGACCCAACUAUCUGCCUUUGGGCGGCCUAAUAUCUGUCUCCUCACCCACCUGCUUGAUGACGUCGGCGAGCUUCUGUAGCUUCUUCGAAGGGUGGUGCCCCAACACACUGACGAUGUCGUCAUGGGUCAGCUGCUCGAGGGCAGUCAGCUGCCCGCCGUCGCCUGCAAUACCGCCUUGCUGCCCACCUGACACACCUGAUGACACGCAGCCAGCGCCAUAAGCACACACACAGAUCACUCGGUGCUGGUCUGUCUGUCGUCGUGUCACCUGACGCUCGAAGUGUCUUAGCUGCAGGUUCCUCCCCGCCCCCACUCUCCGCCGCCGUCUUGGUGCCACUCUUGUGCUGCUUCGGUGCCGUCUUUUGCGGCCGCUGCCGGGUCGCAUUCUUGUCCUGCUUGCUCUGGCCUGACCCACACGCACCACCACCAGCCGCACCACCACCACCACCACCUGCAAGUGCCGACAGACACACAAACGGGGAUGAAGCAUCAGACCAUUUGCCCGUCGUUACUAAGUACCUGCAGAAGGGCGCGGCGCAGAAGCGGCACUGGCACUCACGGUGUCGUUGUUGUGCUUGACGAUCUUCCUGCCUUGGGUAUCCGGCACGAUCCUGUGCGUGGUGUCGAGCAGGUCGGUCAGAGUCUUGCCUCCAAUGCGGCGAAGCAUAUUGAUCAGGCUGUCGAACCGCCAGCUGCGAUUGGAUGUCUCUACACACGCCGGCCCUAACGUAGAUCCCGUCCCGAUCCUCAUCGGGCGUGGCUGGGUAUCAUGCAGCGGGGCGGUCUCGGGGAUGGGAUCCUCAUC